AUGUUUUUUGUGUUUCCCUCCGUUAUCUAUCCUCGACGCACGGAGGAAAGGAUCUUCAAGGGACUUUACCAUAUUUGCAACGCCGCCCAUUUCAUCAGCCUUAUUGUGCUGCUGACAGAAUUCUACGUGCGGCAAACGAGCGUCUUUCCUGGAUACUUUGGCGGCGGGGAGGUCUCCCUGUCCCCGGGGUUGGAGGCCGCGAGCGAGAAUUGCAACUACAGCAAAAAUAUCCGUAUUGGUGAGAUCCGCACUGUAAUACACGUGAAUAGCGAGACUUUGCCUCUUCCUCUGAGGGUGAUGGCGGAAUGCAUUAUUGCUAUUCUCGUGGUGCAGUUCUUGGCAGUAAUCAACAACGUUUUGAGUCUCUUGAAUUACUCAGCGGGACGCCGUCAUCUGCGCAUAUGCGGCGUGCAUGUACCAUUCUAUCAUAUCCUGAGCACUUUUUCCAUCAUCUACUGCGUUGUGCUUAUCGCGAUGGUGUGGAUCACGUAUCCCGCGAGGAAUUUCUACAGGGAGGCCAUCUUGGCCUGCGCGGCAGAGGUGUUUGCCAAAAACUCGACAACGCUGGCGGAGUCGGAGUUUGAUGGGUACGAUACUUUUUCAACCCCUGUCGAGUGGGCUUUUUCCGCCGCAGUGAUUAAUCUUUUUAUAUGCUUCUUAGGGGUUGGGGUACUCAUAUGGAAGUCGUACAAACCAGAAAUAAGGCUUUUCUCGGAGGCAACGGUCCCAUGGGAAGGGCGCGGUCUGUCGUGCAGGCCAAAUAAGGCGGCACUUCGCAUUCACACAAUAGCGCGUGACAGAAUUUUGAGUGAGGCCCGUGAGGCGCUUGACCAAGGUCAAAAGGUACGCAUUAUGUGCAGCUACGCGCUCAUGACGGAGACGGAAUACGAGGCGCAGGUGCAGGAAAUGCAGCAGCUUUUUGCUACGCAGUUGAAGGAGCAGCAGUUUGAGCAUUUGCACACGCACUUUGACCGCGAGUCGGAGUUGGAGGGGAAUGGCCUCUUGUGGCGUCGACAGACCUCUCCGCCGCCACCGCCACCGGACGAUGCGGAUCAGUUCUUCAACAUGGAAGAUAUUUCGCCAGUGAACGAUGACGGCAUCAAAAUUGGCGGCGGGGAUGAGUUUUGCGAGAUUCUUGACGAGCCCGAAAUUGAGGAGAGGUUCUGGAGCGAAUGCGAAGGGAGCGGCUACGAAGCUGAAAACGCGGACGACGGGGGCGAGUUGGCGAGGGGGCCGCUGCAGGAGGGCGCGCAAGACCACCGACUGCGCAAGAAGCGUCGCCGGCAUCGCCACCAGCUCGGUGUGGAGAGUGAAAGCGCGACUCAACGGGAGAGGGCGUCGAUAGUGCAGCCGGAUUUGGGGGAGGCAUUGUAUGAUGGCGAGGCAGCGGGGCAGGAAGGGCUGCAGGGCGAUAGCGAGGAGUCGCUUCAGGGCCAUCGUCAUCAUCAUGCGCGCCGUCGUCGUCGUCGUCGACACCACUCACACGCAGUUGCCGAAAGGGACGGUGAGUCGGAGGGACGGAUUGCUGCUGCAGAGGUGCGGUUUGAGGAUGCCGAUGAAUUGUAA